AUGAAAAAGUUUAAUUUCUUAAAAUACUAGUUCAGCACCUUAUUCGAAUAUUAAAAUCUAAGUUAAAGAAAUAAAUUAAAUGAGUAUAAAUAAGGAUUUCUGAUAAGUAAAGAUUUUGAGUCUUACUACAAUUAUAUUAAAGUAACAAAACAAAAUAUAUGAUUAAGAUUCUUAGUAGAUUAAAGAUGUACGAUGAAAUAUUAUAAGCCAAAAGCAGUGUACCUAUAUUUAAAAAAAUCUAAUUUUGGAGAGAACCAAAAAACAAAGUAAUUAAAGAUUGGAUUCGAUAAGCAUAAGAUGAAUAUUAUAACUAAAAUCCAUAAGACUUACCAUUACCUUGGUUUGUAAAAUAUCCAAUCAUUUUUUUCAUUUCUUAUGAAGUAUUCUCUACAAUUUUUGAUAUUGACAUUGAAAUUAGUUUGAAUAUUAUUCCAGAAGAGAAGGAAGUAAAAAAAACAACAGGAUUUAAAGAUGUAAUAGGAAUAGAUGAUUAUAAAGAGGAAUUGUAGGAAGUAGUUGAUUUUCUAAGAAACCCUAGUAAAUAUCAUGAAUCAGGAGCAAAAUUGCCAAAAGGUAUAUUACUAGUAGGUAGACCAGGAACAGGAAAAACUUUGUUAGCAAGAGCUUUGGCAGAGGAAGCAGGUUGUACAUUUUUGUACAAAUCAGGAGCUGAAUUUGAUGAAAUGUUUGUAGGAGUAGGUUCAUCUAGAGUGCGUUAAUUAUUUUAAGAAGCAAGAUAAAAAUAACCAUGUAUAAUUUUUAUUGAUGAAAUUGAUUCUAUCGGUGGAUCAAGAGGAGGUGAUGAUCCAAAGAGAUAUGGAACUAUUAAUCAAAUUUUAACUGAGAUGGAUGGAUUUAGAUAAAAUGAGGCAAUUAUUGUUAUUGGAGCUACAAAUAUGGAAUAAUCAUUAGAUGCUGCACUUACAAGAGCAGGAAGAUUUGAUAAGACUAUUCAUAUAAUGUUACCUGAUAUUAAGGGUAGGAAACAACUGUUUGAAUAUUAUUUAAAGUAAAUAAAACAUGCUGAUAUUGACACUCAAUUAUUAGCUAGAUAGACUACAGGAUUAACUGGAGCAGAUAUUGAAAAUAUUGUAAACAUAGCCAUAAUGAAUGCAGUAAAAGAGAAACGAUAAAAAGCAUUAGCAAAUGAUUUUUAACAUGCUAUUGAUAGAACUAGGAUGGGAAUAAGAUAUAAAUUGACAGAUUAAGAUAAGAUUUUAACAGCAUAUCAUGAAAGUGGACAUGCAUUAAUUAAUCUCUUAACAGNAUAUUAAAUAAACCUAAAUGAAAAAGUUUAAUUUCUUAAAAUACUAGUUCAGCACCUUAUUCGAAUAUUAAAAUCUAAGUUAAAGAAAUAAAUUAAAUGAGUAUAAAUAAGGAUUUCUGAUAAGUAAAGAUUUUGAGUCUUACUACAAUUAUAUUAAAGUAACAAAACAAAAUAUAUGAUUAAGAUUCUUAGUAGAUUAAAGAUGUACGAUGAAAUAUUAUAAGCCAAAAGCAGUGUACCUAUAUUUAAAAAAAUCUAAUUUUGGAGAGAACCAAAAAACAAAGUAAUUAAAGAUUGGAUUCGAUAAGCAUAAGAUGAAUAUUAUAACUAAAAUCCAUAAGACUUACCAUUACCUUGGUUUGUAAAAUAUCCAAUCAUUUUUUUCAUUUCUUAUGAAGUAUUCUCUACAAUUUUUGAUAUUGACAUUGAAAUUAGUUUGAAUAUUAUUCCAGAAGAGAAGGAAGUAAAAAAAACAACAGGAUUUAAAGAUGUAAUAGGAAUAGAUGAUUAUAAAGAGGAAUUGUAGGAAGUAGUUGAUUUUCUAAGAAACCCUAGUAAAUAUCAUGAAUCAGGAGCAAAAUUGCCAAAAGGUAUAUUACUAGUAGGUAGACCAGGAACAGGAAAAACUUUGUUAGCAAGAGCUUUGGCAGAGGAAGCAGGUUGUACAUUUUUGUACAAAUCAGGAGCUGAAUUUGAUGAAAUGUUUGUAGGAGUAGGUUCAUCUAGAGUGCGUUAAUUAUUUUAAGAAGCAAGAUAAAAAUAACCAUGUAUAAUUUUUAUUGAUGAAAUUGAUUCUAUCGGUGGAUCAAGAGGAGGUGAUGAUCCAAAGAGAUAUGGAACUAUUAAUCAAAUUUUAACUGAGAUGGAUGGAUUUAGAUAAAAUGAGGCAAUUAUUGUUAUUGGAGCUACAAAUAUGGAAUAAUCAUUAGAUGCUGCACUUACAAGAGCAGGAAGAUUUGAUAAGACUAUUCAUAUAAUGUUACCUGAUAUUAAGGGUAGGAAACAACUGUUUGAAUAUUAUUUAAAGUAAAUAAAACAUGCUGAUAUUGACACUCAAUUAUUAGCUAGAUAGACUACAGGAUUAACUGGAGCAGAUAUUGAAAAUAUUGUAAACAUAGCCAUAAUGAAUGCAGUAAAAGAGAAACGAUAAAAAGCAUUAGCAAAUGAUUUUUAACAUGCUAUUGAUAGAACUAGGAUGGGAAUAAGAUAUAAAUUGACAGAUUAAGAUAAGAUUUUAACAGCAUAUCAUGAAAGUGGACAUGCAUUAAUUAAUCUCUUAACAGAAAACACGGUACCAUUAGAUAAAGUAACCAUUUUACCUAGAGGAAGUGCUUUGGGUUAUACUUCAAUGGUUCCAAAAGAGGAUACUUUAUCAUAAACAAGAGGUAAUAUUCUAGCUGCUAUUGAUGUUUGUAUGGGUGGUAGAGCAGCAGAAGAUAUUAAAUUUGGUAAAGAUAACAUUUCAUCUGGUUGUGGUUCAGAUUUGGCUAAUGCUACUGCCAUGGCAUAUGCUUAUGUGAAAGAUUUAGGAAUGGGGGAUACAUUGAUUUCAGAUGCAUAAACAAGCAAAAAGUUUAGUUAUCUUGUAGACUUGUAAGUGAAAUAAUUAUUAGAAGUAAUAUAUAUAAAUAUAAUUAUUUAUAGGAAUCUUAUAAUAGAGUUAGAAAUAAAUUAGAGUAAAAUUAAUAGGUGCUGUCAAGAUUUGCUGAAGAAUUAUUGAAACAUGAAACAAUGACUGCUGAUUAAUUGAAACGUUUAUUAUGAUU